AUGUCCCUCCUGUCAGCUAUGAUGGAGCGGUGGCACGCUGAGACUCAUACCUUUCAUCUGCCCUUUGGAGAGUGGGGGAUCACCCCAUAUGAUAUCUAUAUGCAGCUGGACCUUAGGUAUGAUGGGGGAUCUGUCCCUUUUGAGGACGACCUCCCGAUACCUUUUGAGGAUGACUGGAUGAGUCUACCGGGGACGAUGUCGGAUGUUUCGGAUUUUUCCGGCCAUUGGUUCAGGUUGCUCUGGUUGUCAUCGAACUUUGCCCGACAUAUCCUUGAGACCGAGGCCAUAACCAUCGUGAAGGCCUGCGCCCUGAUACUGUACACUAUGGGGGUGAUGAUCUUCUGUCACAGGAAUGAGCUGAGAGCGGUGCCUGAGCGAGAGCUGGCUGCUUCUUUGGAGGGCUUUGAUGCUAGUGCCUUCGUCGACCCAGUGAGGGCGUACAGCUCUUGGUGCGAAUAG